AUGCAGGCAUUGUGUUUACGACACGGUGCAUACCUUGCUAAUUUAGAGACUUUGGAAGAGGCCAUGUUAUUGAAGUAUGAAAUUCAGCAAAUGAAAACAGGUAUAAACUUCAAUGUUGGAGGGCGGAACAUCAACAGAUACAUCCCAGGCGGAGACUGGAGAUGGAUACAAAACGGUAAAAUGAUCAAGAUGAAAUACAAGGCUUUUGGUACUAACCAACCUGACGGAUCAAAUGCUAGCCCACAAGACUGCAUGUUGUUCUAUGUAGGAGAAAGAUAUAUACUUCACGAUACAUUUUGUGACCAUCCUUCGUGGAAAAGUGGUUAUAUUUGUGAGAAAUGAGAAUAAUAAAAAAAUCUUUUGAUAA